CCGGCAGCAGCGGUCGGGAGCGCUGUGGGCAAGCGGCUCACGGAGGAGCUGGGUGCAGCAUCCGGGCGCAGACGGCCUGGCCUGGGGAGAUGGCGCCCAGGUGGCACCUCCUGGACAUGCUCACCAGUUUGGUCUUGCUGCUGGUGGCACGCGUCUCCUGGGCAGAGCCAGAGAAUGUUGCUGAAGAUGUGGGGCUCCUGCAGCUCCUCGGAGACCCCCUACCCCAGAAGAUCUCCCAAGUCGAAGACCCUCAUGUCGGGCUGGCCUACGUCUUUGGACCAUACUCCAAAAGUAGUCAGAUGGCCCAGUAUCACUUCCCUAAACUCUUCUUCCGGGACUUUUCGCUGCUGUUCGAAGUCCGGCCAACCACAGAGGCCGCAGGGGUGCUGUUUGCUAUCACAGAUGCCGCCCAGGUGGUGGUCUCGCUAGGCGUGAAGCUCUCAGAGGUCCGAGAUGGACAACAGAACAUCUCAUUGCUCUACACGGAGCCCGGGGCCAGCCAGACCCAGACGGGAGCCAGCUUCCGCCUACCUGCGUUUGUUGGCCAGUGGACACACUUCGCGCUCAGCGUGGAUGGAAGCUCCGUGGCUCUCUACGUAGACUGUGAAGAGUUCCAGAGAGUGCCGUUCGCUCGGUCCCCACACGGUCUGGAGCUAGAGCGUGGCGCUGGCCUCUUUGUGGGUCAGGCUGGAGCAGCGGACCCUGACAAGUUCCAGGGAAUGAUCUCAGAGCUGAGAGUACGCAAAACCCCCCGGGUGAGCCCUGUGCACUGCCUGGAUGAAGAAGAUGAUGAUGACGACCGGGCAUCUGGAGAUUUUGGAAGUGGCCUCGAAGAAAGCAGCAAUUUACACAGGCAGGAGACAUAUCUACGACCCGGGCUCCCCCAGCCACCUCCUGUCACUUCCCCGCCCUUGGCUGGAGGCAGUGCCACCGAAGAUUCUAGGACAGAAGAAAAGGAGGAAGAAGCCACGGUAGAUUCUAAAGGAGCUGAUACCCUUCCUGUCACAGAUUCAAGCGGUGUGUGGGACGGGGAUGUCCAGAACCCUGGAGGUGGCUUGAUAAAGGGAGGUCUCAAAGGACAAAAGGGAGAGCCAGGUGCUCAAGGCCCACCUGGCCCAGCUGGGCCCCAGGGUCCUGCCGGUCCAGCGGUACAGAGCCCCAGCUCACAACCUGUCCCUGGAGCACAAGGACCCCCGGGACCUCAGGGACCACCAGGGAAGGAUGGCAUCCCGGGAAGGGAUGGUGAACCAGGCGACCCUGGUGAAGACGGGAGGCCGGGUGACACUGGACCUCAAGGCUUCCCGGGGACCCCAGGAGAUGUGGGCCCUAAGGGUGAGAAGGGAGAUCCUGGUAUUGGGCCUCGAGGACCUCCAGGACCUCCGGGACCACCAGGACCCUCCUUCAGACAGGACAAGCUGACCUUCAUUGACAUGGAGGGAUCUGGUGGUUUCAGCGGAGACCUAGAGAGCCUCAGAGGCCCACGAGGCUUCCCUGGUCCCCCAGGUCCCCCUGGUGUCCCAGGACUGCCUGGUGAACCAGGGCGCUUUGGAGUCAACAGUUCCUACGCACCAGGACCUGCAGGCCUUCCUGGUGUGCCUGGGAAGGAAGGGCCCCCUGGUUUUCCUGGUCCCCCAGGACCUCCAGGCAAAGAGGGCCCACCAGGAGUGGCCGGCCAGAAAGGCAGUGUUGGCGAUGCAGGCAGCCCAGGACCCAAGGGGAGCAAAGGAGACCUUGGGCCCAUUGGUAUGCCUGGGAAGUCUGGCUUGCCGGGACUCCCUGGGCCAGUUGGACCCCCAGGACCUCCAGGGCCUCCAGGGCCACCAGGACCAGGAUUUGCUGCUGGAUUUGAUGACAUGGAAGGUUCUGGAACACCUCUCUGGUCAACAGCCCGAAGCUCCGAUGGGCUGCAGGGGGAUCCUGGAGUGACUGGGCCACCUGGGGCCAAGGGAGAAGUUGGAGCAGACGGAGUCCAGGGCAUCCCUGGUCUCCCAGGAAGAGAGGGUGUAGCUGGGCCCCCGGGACCCAAAGGAGAGAAAGGGACCCAGGGAGAAAAGGGAAACCCAGGAAAAGAUGGAGUAGGUCGGCCAGGCCUCCCUGGCCCUCCAGGCCCCCCAGGGCCUGUGAUCUAUGUGUCAAAUGAGGAUAGAGCUGUAGUAAGCACGCCGGGACCUGAGGGCAAGCCAGGGUACGCAGGCUUUCCUGGACCUGCUGGACCGAAGGGUGACCUGGGUUCCAAAGGCGAGCAGGGUCUUCCAGGGCCCAAGGGUGAGAAGGGAGAACCAGGCAGUAUCUUUAGCCCUGAUGGCACAGCCCUGGGCCAGGCCCAGAAGGGAGCCAAGGGAGAACCAGGCUUCCGAGGACCCCCGGGUCCUUAUGGACGGCCUGGGUACAAGGGUGAAAUUGGCUUCCCUGGACGGCCGGGUCGUCCCGGAACAAAUGGCUUAAAGGGAGAGAAAGGGGAGCCUGGAGAGGCCAGCCUUGGGUUCAGCAUGAGGGGACUGCCUGGCCCCCCUGGGCCUCCAGGCCCCCCAGGUCCUCCCGGAGUGCCCGUCUAUGACAGCAAUGCAUUUGUGGAGUCUGGCCGACCUGGACUACCAGGACAGCAAGGUGUGCAGGGGCCUCCAGGACCAAAGGGUGACAAAGGAGAGGUGGGCCCACCCGGGCCACCAGGGCAGUUCCCCAUUGACCUCUUCCACCUGGAAGCCGAAAUGAAGGGGGACAAGGGAGACCGAGGGGAUGCUGGACGGAAGGGAGAGAGGGGAGAGCCUGGGGCUCCUGGUGGUGGAUUCUUCAGCUCAAGUGUACCUGGACCACCUGGCCCACCUGGAUACCCUGGAAUUCCGGGUCCAAAAGGAGAGAGCAUUCGGGGUCCGCCUGGCCCUCCUGGCCCGCAGGGACCUCCUGGCAUUGGAUAUGAGGGGCGCCAGGGCCCCCCAGGACCUCCAGGACCUCCAGGACCUCCCUCAUUCCCUGGCCCUCAUAGACAGACUGUCAGUGUUCCUGGUCCUCCAGGCCCACCUGGCCCCCCAGGUCCCCCAGGAGCCAUGGGUGCCUCUGCUGGGCAGGUAAGGAUCUGGGCUACAUACCAGACCAUGUUGGACAAGAUACGUGAGGUGCCAGAGGGCUGGCUCAUCUUUGUGGCCGAGAGGGAAGAGCUCUACGUACGGGUUAGAAAUGGCUUCCGUAAGGUGCUGCUGGAGGCCCGGACAGCCCUCCCGCACGGGACGGACAACGAGGUAGCUGCCUUGCAACCUCCAUUGGUACAGCUUCAUGAGGGCAGUUCAUAUACCCGGAGGGAGCACUCCUAUCCCACGGCACGACCCUGGCGAGCAGAUGACAUCUUGGCCAACCCACCACGUCUGCCGGACCGCCAGCCUUACCCGGGAGUUCCACACCACCACCACCACCACCACCACCACCACAGUUCUCAUGAACACCGGCCGCCAGCCCACCCCUCCCCCUCACCUGCCCAUACUCACCAGGACUUUCACCCAGUGCUCCACCUGGUGGCACUGAACACCCCUCUGUCUGGAGGCAUGCGUGGUAUCCGUGGGGCUGACUUCCAGUGCUUCCAGCAAGCCCGAGCCGUGGGGCUGUCUGGCACCUUUCGGGCCUUCCUGUCCUCUAGGCUGCAGGACCUCUACAGCAUUGUACGCCGUGCUGACCGCAGCUCUGUGCCCAUCGUCAACCUGAAGGAUGAGGUACUAUCUCCCAGCUGGGACACCCUGUUCUCCGGCUCCCAGGGUCAACUGCACUCUGGGGCCCGCAUCUUUUCUUUCGACGGCAGAGACGUCCUGAGACACCCAGCCUGGCCACAGAAGAGCGUAUGGCAUGGCUCAGACCCCAGUGGGCGCAGGCUGAUGGAGAGCUACUGUGAGACGUGGAGGACUGAAGCUACUGGGGUUACAGGUCAGGCCUCUUCCCUGCUGUCGGGCAGGCUCCUGGAACAGAAGGCCGAGAGCUGCCACAACAGCUAUAUCGUCCUGUGCAUUGAGAAUAGCUUCAUGACCUCUUUCUCCAAAUAGGGCCUCUGCCAGCUAAGAGGGCGGACAGAGGCGAUGCAGAACUUUGACACAGUGCAGGGAGCAUCCAGCCAGCACCCAGGGUCUGGCUAGGAUACGACCCUGUGUAGUUCACAUUUUAUGUAAUCGUCAAGAAAUAAAAGGAAGCCAAAGAGUAUAUUUUUUUAAACAUUUACAGUAGACUUCCUGCCCUUCCUCUCCUACUUGAACUGGCUAGCCUGUCACGGUUCCUUUUUCCUCCAUGCUUGGCGGGACCAUAGCUGGACCAUAGCUGGGUCUCGGCAGAAGGCUGAUGACCUAGAGUUACUGUCUAAGACCUGCAGACUUUGCUCUAGCCUGGCGUCUUUCUGUGCAGACACUUCACAGAGCAGUCACACGCACGUGCUGGGGAGAGCACAGGGCAGUUCAGGCUCCCCUCUCACCGUCCAGUGGCUGUGGCCAGUUGUACAGGCGGGCACCUGCUCAUCCAUGUGGUAACUGGCUCUCCUCAUGCUUGAGGAGUGGGACCCAACUCUCCCGACUCCCCCACUUCCUGCCAGAGCAGGUUUCCAAGUUCACAGUGACCCCAUAUCUGACCCUGUUUCCUGUCACCGUGGGCAGAGACCAGGAAUGUGGCCAGAUUCAGCCUGGUGCUCAUUUUUUUUCCUGAGGGCCAUACACGACAUGGGGCUUGUCACUCAGAGUGGCUUCUCUGGUGACCCCUGAGAUCCCAUCCAGAGCAGAACCCAACCCCAGCCAAGCCCAAGAAGAGCCUUGUCCUCGCUCUUCAGUCUGAAGUCCGCAAAUCUCUCAGCAGCCGCGCAAAGGCACUUGUCCUGUGGAGGGACUUGUGUGCUCAGGGCCACAAGUGGUCAAUCAAAGCCACUGUGCCUGCCUCGGGCUCUGCGUCCAAGGAUUGGGACAAUCCAAUGGGGCUGGUUCUGUGACAAUGUGUGAUCUGAAGCCAUUUCAAAGAGGCACCAAAUAAAAAUGACCUUUUAUACAG